UGGGAUCGAUGUGGAUGUCAACUGAUUGUGUAUCUAAGACAAAAGAAAACCUCCCUCCCUCCCUCCGUCUUCACUCCACGUGCAGACAAUCAUCACCAUCAUCGAAGUGUUCGCACAGUCUCUUGCGCGAAUGUCUUCCGUCCGUAGUGUUGCUCUCUUUUCCUUCGUUUACAAACCAGCUCGUGAUAGCUGUUGAUCUUAGUGCCCGACUAUUCCAAACCCUAGGAUCUACGAGCAUAGCUAUCUAAUCAAGCUCCCGCCAUAGCUCGGCAUAUCAGUCACGGCUUUAAACAACCUAGCAGCCAUGUCUUCUGGUCAAGAUAACACUCCAGGUGCAACGAUGGAUUCAGCCCAGCAACCUGCCGACGUGUCAACUCCUGCUUCACCAACAGAUAACAGACAUCCUCUGUCAAUAGUGGAAUCAAUAGCGCAACAGAUUACACCGCCAACUGAGGGACUUUCAGAGAGUUAUCAGUCAACAGACACAAUCCGACGGAGACCAGAACCACAAUCAUACGGUACCAUCAUACAGGCUGCGUCGCAUGCGCCCGAACACAGGGACAGCGAAUCUUCACAAACCAGUGACCGACCAAUACCACAUAGUAUGGAAUCAUCUCGAUCAUUUCAACCACUAAGGUCGCCCAUGUUAGGCCCUGAGCGGGGACGUGGAGGUACACGGUCGAAGAAACCUGGAAUGCCUCGACGGGCUUCGUCAAAUGUGCAGGCACCUCAUCGUGGCCAAGAGUUUUCCGUGGAUGACGAUGUGACGGAAAUCGAGGAUGAUCUUGCUACAAGGCAUGGAGCUACGUCAGGAUUUGGGUCUGUCAGGCACCAAACUUCAACAUUAAGAAGGCGGCCCAAUACGCAACAGCCUCCAUUACCGAGGGUCAACUCAUCACGCGACGAAGAGGAAGCAGAAGCGCAGGCAGAGAGAGCUAGUCUGGUGGAAGAUGUGGAAGGUGGAGACCAAACACCGGGGUCUGGUGAGGAGGGGACACUCCGUGAGGUUGGCGUGGAUGAUAUAACUCCGGAUGAGAACGAUGACGAUGAUUUGAGUGACGCCGAGAGCUUUACUCUCAAAGAUCGCCAGGAAGCUAUAAACGAAACACAUCCAUUUGGUAUUCGAAUCUGGAAGCCGGCGCUUUACAAGAAGGACAGAUCAGUCCAGAAGACUGCGGAAGGUGAUAUCCAUUCGUCUCCUGGCGGCAGGGUCAGCAAAUGGCUCCUCUUCUUUAACAUUUUAUGGACUGUCUGGUUUGGAUGGUGGCUGGGGCUUGUUGCAUUGACAGGGGCAGUUGUGUGCUUCAUCUUUGCUGCCGCACCAAGUGCUAUCGAAUACGGCCGAGUCCUCUGGGGACUUGCGGGCUACUUGUUUUAUCCAUUCGGGAAGUUCGUCCGGCUAGAACAGGAUGAAGCAUAUGCACAUGAAGAUGAAGGUGAAGGACGCAGCAUAACAGAAUAUGAGCAAUGGCAGAGCGGGGACAUUGAAGAUGGACGACUUUUCUUCGGACCACAAGGAAACCGAUCCAUUGUUGGCCGCUCCAGGCGAAGCAUCGACUCGACAGUCAGCGCCAGUGAGACAGAUAGUCUCUUGGGAAGGACUAGACGAGGAACACAACGAACUGGCUCAGAACGUCCGCUCAAAAGGAGACUUUUUGGCCGAGGCCAAUGGAACACAGGACGAGUGAUCUUCUUCCUCUUUUUCUAUGGGCUCAUCACUCCUCUAUUGUUCGUGGUGUCCGGUAUCUGCUGGUUCUUAGUUUUCUGGAUACCUAUGGGCAAAGUUACAAUGCUGUUAUUCUACCACCUUCGACGGCAUCCACUCGCACUCUCCUUCCAGUCAGAUUCCGACUACUCUCGCGGCUCUAUUCCCAACUCGUCCAUUCUUCUCUGCACUUACCGAGCUGUGGGCUUGAAGUACUGGAAAUACACUGUAGAUGGCACCAACAUCUUCCUGAUCAAUUUGAUGGGAGUCGUUCUCUUUGUCAUUUUCGACUACUGGGUCCUAUUAGAGGUAUUGGAGCUGAAGGGUCUCACCAUCACAUCUCCUGCAUUCCUCUUCACAGGAGCACUGUUCUCGAUCAUACCACUGGCAUACUUCAUUGGUCAAGCAGUAGCAUCCAUUUCGGCUCAGUCUUCAAUGGGACUUGGUGCCGCUAUAAACGCCUUCUUCUCGACCCUGGUAGAGGUAUUCCUCUACUGUGUAGCACUCAAUCAAGGCAAGGGGCAGCUGGUGGAGGGGAGUAUUAUAGGCAGCAUUUUUGCUGGUAUUCUUUUCCUUCCCGGACUAUCCAUGUGCUUUGGGGCAAUCAAAAGAAAGACACAAAGGUUCAAUGCCAGAUCAGCAGGCGUAACAUCAACCAUGCUUCUGUUUGCAGUCAUCGCAGCAUUCGGCCCAACCCUGUUUUACCAGAUCUAUGGAACCCACGAACUCAAUUGUUUGAAUUGCGUAGAUACAGAUGAUUCCACGCCUAGCCGUGAUUGUCGUCGGUGUUACUUCUCUCAGUCUCCAGAUUUAACGGAUCGAUUCUACAUCGAGGCAGUACGUCCUUACUGUUGGUUUGCUGCCGUUCUUCUAUUCCUUUCGUACGUAAUUGGGUUGUGGUUCACUCUGCGAACCCAUGCAGCAGUUAUCUGGAACAACGAGGUGGAUGAGAAAAGAACACAGGAGGCGCAACAAAUUUCUGGACCUCAGCAACCCUUCAGUGGGGCUCCACACGGUCGACUGCAGAGACAAGGUAGUACUCUGAAUAGCUCAAAUGAUGCUCGUGGAUCGGAAAUUCGAGAGUCGCAGCUUUAUAAACGAAUCUUGGGACAGUCGUUGAAGCAAGUCGGCCUUGCUCCACGCGAGGAUGGAAGCCGACACAAUUCAGUCUCUGAUCCUACGGGUCCAAAUGGCGUGUCUCCCACUCCUCAUAUCCCACCUCCGAAGAGCAGUGGAGGGGAGAGCUCGAGAUCCGAGGUGCAUAUUCCAGGAUUUACCGAAGCGCAGAAUAUCAAUCUCGUUCGAGAAGUGGCAGAAAUGGCUGCCACUGCUGCAACCAUUGCUGCAAGAGACGUUGUUAAGGCUCCUCGAAAAGCAUCUACGUCCGGUAACUUACCAGGCUCUUCGCACAAGCCCCAAGCAGUCCGAGCCGGGGUUGUUCAUGAUCCUGAGGAGAUGGCACACGCGGAAACUCAUGCUGGAGGUGGUCACGAUGCUCCCAAUUGGAGUCGGAUGAAGAGUUCCGUCAUUCUUUGUGGGGCAACAGUACUUUACGCCCUCAUAGCUGAGAUCCUAGUCACCAAGGUGGACGUCGUGUUGAGCUCCGUUGCCAUUGAUGAGAAAUUUCUUGGCAUCACAUUGUUUGCCCUCGUUCCUAACACCACCGAAUUUCUGAAUGCCAUAUCCUUUGCAAUGAACGGCAAUAUUGCGUUAUCCAUGGAAAUUGGAUCUGCAUAUGCGCUCCAAGUUUGCCUACUUCAGAUUCCAGCUCUGGUGUUGUUCAGUGCCAUUAAUGGACAGUGGCUUAAUGACGACAAGCUCGUCGACCAUACCUUCAGCCUCAUCUUCCCCCAAUGGGAUAUGGUUACUGUAAUUUUGUGCGUCUUCCUUCUCAGCUACAUGUACGGCGAGGGGAAGAGCAAUUACUUCAAGGGAUCCAUCCUCCUCCUCAGCUAUCUCGUCGUUGUGGUGGGAUUCUGGUUCUCCGGCAUGACAGAUAUUGCAAACUUGGGCAUAAGCCGUUUCGACGUUAUUCAAGCUGGCGGAAGCUUCAAGACAAUUGGGAGACAUAAGUCUGGAAUGGCCUACCAGCAAUAACCAUUCUAAGUUUGACAAUUCUUCAUUUCCCAUAUUCUCUCAUAUUGAGCACCGGCGUUGGGAGAAUGCCUGGGCUCUGUUUGUAACCUUUAGGUACCAGUUGCAGAGCAGCUUUUCUCGUGUCUUCGCGGGAAGUGGAACAAGUAUGUAAGAUAUGUAAUUAGUGCUGAACAUCCUCUGGGGAUACAGUAGUCACGCCGCGCUGAGAUUUUAGAGCCGUAUCAUGACCAUAAAUCUUGAAGAUAUCCAACUUCAC